AUGGUUCCUUCGGGGGCCAGCAAGGCCGCGGUGAAGCAGCUUCUUGGCCAAAAAUGUGGAUUGAGAGACGAGGAAAUUUUCAAAGGGAGUUUUUUUCGCCUUGCGGCACUUGCAAGGCUGGCCAAGCUUCAGAAGCGUCGCGAAAGACGGGAGCAGGAGCCCGCGGAGCGGCAGGAGGUGCGCCUUCCCCCCAGCAGCGGAGCACCGCCUGUCAUCGAGCUAGAGGACAUCGCUGGGAGUACUUUUCACAGCUGCGAGCAUGCCCAGCAGGUACAACGCCUAGGAGCAAGCGACCUAGACGACUGGCUGCCUUUGGUUUUAGAUCACCGACGGAAUCCUAGCUCUUUGUGUGUGCUGGAGGGCUUGGGUGACAGUGCUCCCACCACCUGUGGCCCUGGCGUGGAAACGGUCCGCAGAAUCUAUGCAGAUCCAGCGGCUCUCAAGGAGCACAAGUCUGGAUUGAGGCGAAAACGAGGCAGUUCUCGGUGGAGGCCUCCCAGCAAUCCGGUUGGCCACACGGUCCCCGGCAAUGCACGAUAUGAGGAAGUAUUGCCUGAAUUCAGAAGUUUGCCUGCAAUCACGCACUCGGUUUCCAUGCCAGCGACCAGCAGUGGUGUUUUCUUUCAAACAGAAGUCAAGAUGGAAGACGCGGCGCCGGUUGUGAUGAAGACGUCCUCUGUCCCGAAUCUGCCGAGACUGGGCCUAGCCGAAGAGCUCCCCGAGAUGUCGACCACAGUGGAGCUGAAGAGCUCCUUAGGUGUUGUUGAGACGGAUUCUCUGGAGAUCAGGCCAGAGCCAGAUGAACGAGCCGGUUCGAAAGGCGGAAAGCAUAAGCAGGCGCAGCGCCUGAUGAAAGCCUUUGAAAAGGCAGUUUCCGGGAGGUCCAUCCUGAUAUUCACCGACAAUGCAAAUGUUAGAAAGGGCAUCAUGCGAUCCUUAAUGUGCACGUCCAGAGAGAUGUCUAUAUGCUUCGCGCGCUCCUCCAACGAUUUGUGGAAAAGGCUCCAGGACAGCAAGGAGAGAUUCCAUGCGCUGAUCGUAGAUCUGGGCAAGUCGGAACUUGAAGCAGAGGGGCUUGUCAAGACAGUCCGGGCUGAUGCACACUAUGGUGGAAUUCCAAUCAUCGUGCUUUCUCAAGAGCGCGACUUGCCUGACCUGGUCAGGAAAAGCUGCAGCUUUGUCGUCUUUCAUCCAUUGUCAUCCUCCAUGCUCAGAGAAGCCCUGUUGUGGUGCUUCAACCGCCAAGCUUUACGAAAUCAGAGCUACUACUUUCCUGCAAGCCAACAGCCCGAGAUCCACCCAAAGCUAACAGCGGCUGCCUCGUCAACAUCAUUGAACUUGACUGUGAGAGCGAGGAGCGAGCAAUCGUCUCGCGCAAUAGGCUCUUCUGAUGCGCUGUUUCACCACUUCGCGACUGCGUGCCAGCUGUUGGGACGCGGAACGCCGAAAAGCCCAGAGGAGCUUUCGCCGACCUGUGAGCUGCGCCAUCAUAACCUUGAGAUCCUUCGGGCGCGAAGAGUCAAGAGGCGAAAUCUGUCGUCCGUGCAGGCAGGACAGGUGCUGGGGGUUCCUUUUCAGCAGCUGCAGGCCCGUUUCAUCCAGCUGAUGCAGCGAGUGCAGCAAGGAGGCUUGGAUCAGAUGCUGCACGUCACCAAGCCCCACAUGUUCAAUGGAUCAUGGAUGCGAGAUGUUUCGACUCACCAACAGCUCCUAGGCCAAGCCUUGAAAUAUGUCCCCGGUCCGGAUGUCUGUCUUCGAGUGUUCAACUUGCUGCACCCUCCAAAGACUUUCCCAAGCGUGCAGGGAGAUGAAGGUGCAAUCAUGUCGUACUAUUCUGAUGGGCAAGAUCCGAAGCAAGCCUGGAUAGGUGCAGAAGAUCCGUACUUGAUGGGGCCGGAGGAUGAAGGCAUAUCACACGCGGGUCGUGUCGAGCUUUUGAAGGCCAUUCGUGAGCAACGGCAGCAGUUGGACCUCAAGGAUGAGCAGCUUGAGGAGCAGAGCCGCCGACUGGAGCGCUUCCAGGAAGAGCUCGCGCGCUGCCUGGAUCCUGAUGAGGCGAAGCUGCUGCGAAAUCGGCUUGCCAAGGCCAAUGCGCAAAUCACGGAUCAAGCUACAGAACUCGACGAUAGCAAGUCGAAGGCUCGCGGCUUGGAGGGUCAAAUCUCAGUCUUGACCACCCGCUUGAGGGAAGAGACUGAAAGCAGCUCCAAGCUGGUAGCAGAGCUGUGUGCUCUGCGACGCCAGCUUGAGGCAGAGUAUGCAGUGCGAGGUGAACAGAAGUCCUGGCAGGAAUGUUUCCAGGAGGAGCAAAGAAAGUCACAGAUUCUGCAGCAGAAGCUCGAGGCGCAGGUCAAGGAGGCUGCCGCGAAACAGCUCGGUGCUGAGACCGCGAAGCAGCAGCUUCAGGAACAGGUCCUGCACUUGCAGGAGCUCUCGAAGGCGGGGGAGCACGCUCAGGCGUGGAAGGCCAAGGCCGACAAACUUGCCAGUGAGCUGCAAGCAUCGCGCAUGGCACAAAGUCUGCUUCAGGGCGAGUUGCAAGCAAUGCAGCAGCAGCGAGAUGCCUUUCAAGCGGCAAUAGAUGAGGCUGCGCGCACGGCCGCCAGCCUCGGCGUCAUGGAGCAGCGUGCAAGAACUGCCGAGCAAGAGGUCGCGUACCUGACGACCAAGCUGCAGGCUGCGGAGAGGAAGGCCUCGGAAGUCCCAAUGCUUGAGGCGCGUCUGACAGAACAGGCCCGGAAGAUGGAGAGCCAGGACAAGAACUGGCAGAAGGUGUUCUCCAGUUAUCCUCUUGUUGGUCAACUUCUGUUCCCAAACCCGAAGCCCGCGGCGGCGCCCCCGCCAGACGCUGCUGCGUCUGGAGGUGAUGCCGCGCCAUCGGCUGAGGCACGUGGUAUCGCGUGGCUACGCAAACGUCUUGCGUAG